UCAUUUCUUCCCCCCUCUAACUCUCUCUCUCUCUCUCGCUGUAAACAAUGGAGCCUUGGCUCGACGACUUGGCCGACGAUCUCCAAAGCCUAAGCUUCACCUCCACUUCCACCGCAACCAUAAACCGCAGCACCAGCUCUGGCUCCGCCUCAAACUCCGGCUCUUCCUCUCUCGCUCCCUCAGCUCACGGGUCUUUUUCUUCCAAACCCCUCCGCUCCGGCUCCCUCUCCCUCGCCGACCUACGCUUUUCGCUCCGCCUCGGCUCCGGCGACAUCGGUUCCGUCUACUUAGCCGAACUCAAAUCGCCACCCCCACCUCCCGACACCAAUGCCACCAACUCAAACGAAAACAACGGCAACAGCAACAACAACAACAACAACAUCAACAACAAGAAAAGCGAAGUCGUUUUUGCGGCGAAAGUGAUGGACAAGAAAGAGCUAGCGUCCAGGAGUAAAGAAGGGAGAGCCAGGACUGAGAGGGAAAUACUCGAAUUACUUGACCAUCCUUUUUUACCCUCGCUUUUCGCCGCUAUUGAUUCUCCUAAAUGGCUUUGUUUAUUGACGGAGUUUUGUCCAGGUGGCGACCUGCACGUCCUCCGUCAACGUCAACCUCUAAAACGUUUCCCUGAAUCCGCCGUCAGGUUCUACGCAUCAGAGGUGUUGGUAGCUCUAGAGUACCUUCAUAUGUUGGGGAUUGUUUACCGUGAUCUAAAGCCUGAAAACGUGCUUGUUCGAUCAGACGGUCAUAUUAUGCUGACGGAUUUUGACCUCUCGUUAAAAUGCGAUGAUUCCACACCAACACCCCAGAUUAUUUCUGACCAGAAACCACCAGUUCCAGCUCUGCAAAGCGACUAUCCUAUUGACCAUCCUCCUUUCACAUCCUCUUCAUGCAUUAUCCCAAAUUGUAUAGUACCUGCUGUGUCAUGUUUCCACCCAAAACGCAAACGCAAAAAGAAGACUGGCCACCGCGGUGGACCUGAAUUUGUGGCCGAGCCCAUUGAUGUCCGGUCCAUGUCUUUCGUCGGGACCCACGAGUACUUGGCACCGGAAAUUGUGUCCGGUGAGGGCCAUGGCAGCCCUGUGGAUUGGUGGACGCUGGGGAUCUUUAUGUAUGAACUGUUUUAUGGGGUAACACCAUUUAAGGGUGUGGACCAUGAAUUAACCUUAGCUAACAUUGUGGCUCGAGCCCUUGAGUUCCCUAAGGAACCCACAGUUCCUGCGGCGGCUAAGGAUCUAAUUUCCCAGCUACUGGUCAAAGAUCCGGCAAGGCGGUUAGGGUCCACGAUGGGUGCGUCAGCCAUCAAGCACCACCCAUUUUUCCAAGGGGUGAACUGGGCAUUGCUAAGAUGCACGCACCCACCAUAUGUACCACCACCAUUUAGUAGAGAAGUUGUAUCAGACGAAAGCUGUCCAGAGACCCCGGUGGACUAUUAUUAGGUGAAGUAAAGAAAUGAGUAAAUAAGAAAAAUUCAAGAAUCCCGAUAGCAUUCAUAUAACCGGUGAUAAUGAUUUUUGGAAUCAUCCUCUUUUGGCAAAGCACGUUGCCAACUGCUCAUGCCGCCAUUUGGGGGCCAUCUAUAACGCAGGCAUUUGUAAAUUCACUUAUAUAUUAUAUAUGAGAUUAAAAGACUGAAAACUUCAUCUCUAC